AAAUUCAAGUUUAGUACUCUCUCUCUCUUUCAAAUUCAAGCUCUCUCUCUCCCAAAUUCAAGUUUAGUCCUCUCUCCCAAAGUCAAGCUCUCUCUACCAGAUUCAAGCUCUCUCUCUUGCCCGCCCGCUCGCCCAAGGUUCAAAGUUAGAAUAUGAUCUCCAAAGACUCAAUCCAUCAAAGAAUGAAGAAAGAUUUAUUUAAAUACCUACCAUCAGAGAUUCUCACCGAUAUCUUGUUGAGACUCCCUCUUGAAAACGUUGCAACUUGCAAAUGCGUUUGCAAACCGUGGCUCGAUCUCAUUGAGAGUAACUAUUUUUUCAAGUCCCAUUUUUCUAAAUCCGUCCCCGCCCUUGUGGUCUCGAUGCCGACUACAAAUUCAAAUUGGUUCAAUGUUUUCAAAUUGGAAGAGAAGCCCAAGCGCAAGCCGAAUCUAAUCACGAAGUUUGAUUUCCCCCAAGCAUCAACAAUACAAGGUUCUUCCAAUGGUUUGCUUCUUCUAAAAAAUCCUUUUCGUGAUCAUCUUUAUGUAUGUAAUCCUAUCACCCGUGAAUUUGUUGAGCUCCGGGGCCGUCUUACUCGCCCUCGAGAAGAUUGUUAUGGAAUUGGAGUGAGCAGAAUAAGCGGACAACAUAAGGUUGUAUAUCUUAACCCUAACUAUGACGGAUGUCAUGUAUACACUCUUGAAUCGGGAUCUUCGUGGAGACGCGUUAAAGGUGUUAUCCCCUCGUUUAAUUGUUGUUACAGCUCUGUUGCUGCAUUUGCUAGUGGCAAUCUCCACUGGUUUGUUUCAAAUGGAAGGGAGAUUCCUUAUAUUUGCUGCUUUGAUCUUGAGAAAGAAUGUUUCACCACAUUCUCUCCACCACUCGAAUGUCUCAAGAGACCUAUUUUUAACAAGGGAAUGUUGUUUACUUUGGGGGAUUGUCUGUGUUUUUGUGAUGACGAACCAAAAUAUUACUGUGACUAUGAUCAUGUUAUCUGGUUGUUGAAGGAAUAUGAAGAAGUCGAGAAAUGUUGGUGCGAGGUACAUGUCAACAUCAGGCAACCACCUCUUUUAGAGGUCCUCAUCAAACAUCCUUAUUAUGGUCAUGGUUUACACAAACGUCUUCAGCCUAUCAAUGUUUACGAGAAUGGAGACAUGUUGAUGUUAUGGAAUGAGAAGCACUUUCUAUACUACUCUAAAAAGAAGAAAAGCCUUACAAAAAUUGGUUUGUUUGGCUAACGCGAUCAAGUGAGGAGGAUGAACAAGAAUCAGAUCCAUCUUGUUCUGUCAAAUCACUCACGCCAGCAUCUUUAAGCAACCUGAAAAUCGCAAGGUGACUAUUAGGAUACCGAGCAUGAGAAGAUUUGGAAAUGAUUUAGCAGUUUUCAUGUAAAAAUUGGUUCCCAAUAAUAUAAACUUACUUAGUCAGUGAUCGAUAAGGAUGGAAUA